CCUGGACCACGCGGUGUGGACGGAAGACCAGGACCUGAUGGCAUCGGUGUAACCACCGGUCCGAAUAGCCGUGGAGGAUGCAUCCAAUGCCCACCUGGACCACCUGGACCACCAGGCCCACCGGGAAGGCUUGGACCACCAGGACCACCUGGUCGUCCUGGCCCACCAGGUCCAGGAAGCGGUGGAAUGGGACCACCAGGACCACCUGGUGCACCAGGAGACAUGGGACCACCAGGCUCAAACGGACCACCAGGACCUCCAGGACCACCUGGCAAGAACGGGCAAUC